AAUCUACAAUCAAAGAUGCAUACACUCGUUUGUCUUUUAUUUGUCGCCUUGACAUGCGCCGUACAAGUACAAGGGGAUUUAUCUCCUCGUAUCGUUGGGGGCAGGGAUGCUCCUGUUGGCAAAUAUCCAUAUCAAAUAUCAUUCAGAUUUCUCAACUCACACUUGUGUGGUGGUUCUAUCAUAAAUUGUAAGAACGUUCUCAUCGCAGCACAUUGUGUUGAAGGGGCAGAAAAUCAGUUACAAUAUUUAUCGGUGCACGCCGGCACAAAUUAUUUGAACCAAACAGGAUAUUCUUAUAAAGUAGCGAAUAUUACGAUUAAUAAAGAUUGGAAUGGAUUAUUGCGUAUUAAUGACAUCGCUCUAAUUCAUCUUGCAACUUGCAUCAAAUACAACGCAGUAGUGCAGCCGAUAAAGCUUGCGACAAGUGAUACAGGUCUUGAAAACAGGCUUUGUACAUUAUCUGGAUGGGGAACUAUUAGGUUGGGUGGCAAUGUUCCGAAUAGUUUGCAAGAAAUUGAUUUACUAAUUUAUCCUCAACAACAAUGUAAGGCAGCACACCCAGGAAUAUUAAAUAGCCAUAUUUGCACUUUGACUAGAGAAGGACAAGGAGCGUGCCAUGGUGAUUCCGGUAGUCCUUUAGUGGUUAAUGGAACUCAAGUUGGAAUUGUUUCUUACGGUCGACCAUGCGCGAUUGGAUAUCCAGAUGUAUACACAAGAGUGUCCAGUUUUGUGCCUUGGAUUAUACAGAAUUUGAAAUAGGAUAUUUAUUGAAUU